AUGUCUCUGGCAAGGACAAUCAACUAUAUCCGUCAGGUCGGCCUCAAGAGGUACUGGCGCGACCUCAACUACAUCGGCGACGCAAAGGCCGGCAGGCUCGUGGGCACCGACCGCAACGGCAACCGAUACUACGAGAACCUCAACGAGGUGCCCGGCCGUCACCGCUGGGUCGACUUCCACGCCGACAACGAGUUCAGCGCAUCCCAGAUCGACCCGCUCUGGCACGCCUGGAUCCACCACAUCCGCAAGGACCCCCCCACCGAGGAUGCCGGCCUUCAGAAGAUGGUCCAGAGCUGGAUGACGGAACCGCGAGAGAACCUGACGGGAACGCGCGCCGCCUUCAAGACCUACAGCACGGUGAAGCCCAAGAUCAACGCUUGGGAGCCAAAGGUCGCCGAGCGACACUGA